UCGGUUCUCAUCUGGAUAUGUUACGGCUCCUCAAUAAUAACGAGACCUACUUUUCUACGUGCCAGUAUGCCCCCACGAUCCACGUUAAUGCUUCUUUGAAUCCGUAAUGUUCUUAUCUUCUAUUCUAGCUGAACGUUGGGAUUUUAGCGAGUCCCCAUGCCAGAACCUCCGGCACUUACACCUUCGCAUGAUCAUGUUAAGUCGUCCCACGUUAUGCCGGAAGAAGCGCAAACAUCUGACGAAUGAGCCGGUGCCUAAUACGAAAGCCAAGUUUGUGACAGUUCUAUUCGUCCCUCAACUUCUUUACAGCUUCUGCGUUACUGGCAAUGCAAUUCAACAUCGUCAGGAACAGCUCUGCACUGGGUCCGGACAUCCUUGAAACCCGAAUUCCUCGAAGCUAUGCGUUUCUGCACCUAGGGAAAUCCCUUGCACAACACCACACUGCCAAUGUACAGC